AUGAGCUGUGAAGGAGAAGUCCCGUCGCUGAUUGAGUGGGACGCAGACUUCAGCUUCGUUGACCCGAAUUGGGUGAGUCAGAAGUUGCCGAAGGAAUCGAUCAAAAUCCCCCGCGAACAUAUCCCCGAUCCGGACGCGGACGCCCUGCCCGCAACGCUAGCGAAUAAGGUUUGCACGGCCUAUUUGGUUCAGCUAACGCCAACUCGUCACUUUUGCUAUAAUGGCGUCAAGAAGCCGGGCGGUAUCGUCAAGGUCUCCGACGGUCAAAUCAAGCAAAUCGACCCUCGCGAGGAUGCGGAUUAUAAACGUUUAAUGGAUAUACCUCGAUUUCUACCAAUUCUACGAACCGCGGUGCCGGCCGGCCGUCAAGCUGUGCCCAACGAAAACUUGGAUCGUUUAUCGCACAGACCAAUCUGGCGACUUUCCGUGCGACUCCAAUCCCAUCUUCACACCCAAGCCCAGACUAUAUGCCUUCAACAAGCAAAAAUUACUCAGGGAAUCAAGACGGCCGACGUGGCCUCCGCUACCAUUGCUGCAAAGCUUGUCGAGCGGAAGAAAAAGUACGACCGGCUCAGGGCUUCUCUCGCCCAGGUCACGCAACUCAGGGACGAGGUUGUUAGGAUCCAGAUUCUACUCGAGGAAAUUGUGCCCUGCGUCGAGACGGUCAACGAGCUGCUGACGCCAGCGAAUCGGUUGCCUCCACUGGAUCUGAAGAAAAUAUUCGCGGACACGGGCUCCUCCACCGGUCCCUACAUGAUCACCCCGAUCGAGGAGACGCGCGUCGUCGACCAGGAU